AUGGCGGAGCCGGGCCCCGGGCGAUCUCUGGGCUCCUACUCCCCGGUGGACUAUAUGAGCAUCACCAGCUUCCCCCGCCUGCCCGAAGAGGAGGCAGGGGGAGAGCCGGGACCGAGAGCCGGGGAAGAGGAUACCUUCCUGGGGGAGCAUGAUGCGGAUCCAGACGCCUUCCUCAAAUCAGCCCGUCUGCAACGCCUGCCAUCUUCGUCGUCUGACAUGGGAAGCCAGGAUGCCUCCCCACUCCGUGAAACCGUCAAAGACCCUUUCAGCUCAGAGUGCAGCUGUCGACGGGAUGGCCUUACCGUCAUUAUCACUGCCUGUGUCACGUUUGCUAUGGGUGUCACAAUUGCACUUAUCAUGCAGAUCUACUUUGGGGAUCCUCAGAUUUUCCACCAGGGGGCAGUGGUGAGUGACGCUUCCCAUUGUACAGCUUUGGGUAUUGAGGUGCUGGAGAAAAGAGGGAGCUCUGUAGAUGCAGCCAUUGUCACCACUCUGUGUCUGGGAAUUGUUAAUCCCCACACAUCAGGCAUUGGAGGAGGGGGCGUGAUGCUGGUUCAUGACAUUAGAAACAACCUGACAGAUGUCAUUGAUUUCCGGGAGACAGCACCUUCUGGUAUCCAUAAUGAACUUCUACAGUACUGGAGGAAUAAGCCUGGAGUUUUGGUUGGCAUUCCUGGGAUGUUGAAAGGCAUGGAUAAAGCACACAAGAUGUAUGGAAAGCUGCCAUGGUCAGAACUUAUCUCUAAAGUGGCUGAAGUUGCAAGUGGUGGAUUCAAUACAACACAUGACUUAGCCAAGGCCAUCAGUGAGCUGAAUGAAGAUGGAUUGUCAACCACUUUUCAAGAGGUGUUUUUCCCACAUGGCCUUCCUCUGACACCGGGGACAUUUGUCAGGAGGCUUGACCUCGCAGCCCUUUUGCAUGACGUGGCAGCAAGAGGGGUAGAAGCAUUCUACAACAGCAACAUAACACGGGAAAUGGUUUCUGAGGUGAACGCACAAGGUGGGCUAAUGACAGAAGACGAUUUCACCAACUACACUGUUACUGUGGAGAAGCCUGUGCAAACUGUCUAUCAAGGUCAUCUGGUGUUUGUUCCUCCUGCUCCUCAUGCAGGACCUGCUCUUAUAAGUGCCCUCAACAUUCUAGAAGGGGCAAAUCUUACCAAGCACACAUCUCGGUCUAGCGCCUUGCACUGGAUAGCAGAGGCAUUAAAAAUUGCUCUGGGCUGUGCCAGCAAACUGGGCGAUCCUUCAUUUGACCUUACUGUCACCGGCUACGUCACAGAGUUAAUAAGUAAGGCGGAAUCCAGCUUCUUCCGGAAAAAGAUCAAUGAAUCUCAUGCUGCCAACCCUAAGGAUUAUGUGCCCUUUCACACCCUGCACGUCGGUCCAUCUGCUAGCCAGGCUUUAGUGGUUGGUCCUGAUGACUUUAUUGUGGCUGUGGUCAGCUCAUUAAACCGUCCAUUUGGCAGUAUGAUAAUGACUACAUCGGGGGUCCUUCUCAACAGCCAGAUCCUAGACUUUUCUUGGAGCAAUAAGAGCAACAACAGCUCUUCCCCAAAUCCCCAGAACAUUGUUGAACCUGGAAAAAGACCCCUCUCUUUCCUGCUUCCCACUGUGGUGAGGCCUGCACAAGGUCUUUGUGGUACUUACCUUUCCCUUGGAGGAUCAAAUGGAGAACGUGCCCUCUCUGGCAUUACUCAGGUCCUGCUAAAUGUUUUAUCAUUUAACAAGAAUCUGAGCGAUAGUAUAUCUCAAGGACGGCUGCAUCCAGACCUCGAGACUAACCUCCUGCAAAUUGAUAGUGAUUUUCCAGAAAAUGAUACCCAGGGCCUGGAAUUGAAAGGACACCGGCUAGACCAGACACACAUCCUCUCUUUGGUCCAUGGUUCACGCAGGAGCAACGAUCUGAUCAUCGGUAUCAAAGACCCUCGAAGUAGCGAUGCAGAAGCUGCCACCAUUUUGUAA